CAUUUUGUGCGACUACGACGGAAGACGAAGCACGUUAGAAGGGUUGACGCUUUCUCUCGAUUUAUUUGACAAGAGAUCAGCUUAUUGGCUUAUAGUUUAGCUGUAUUUCUUAUCGAUCGUCUUAUACGUGUUUGUAGGUGAUAUAUUUUUUAAACAAAUUUUUUUUGUCGACCUUUCCGAAGAGUUUCGGGUUUACGGCCUACUCUGCCUUCGGCAGCAAAUUGAACAAUGGCGGCCCAAGUGGACUCCCACAAUGACAUGGCGCAGGCUCGCCGCACCGAUGGACUCAGUGUGAUCUUCGACCAGAACAGCCCCGACUCGUCUCGCUGCCGUUCCCGUUCUCGGUCAAGCAGCAGUGCCAGCACCAGCUGCUCCACCAGCUCCAACGAUCGGGGACGUAGAAGCAGCAGGGGACGGUGCGGGUCUUCAUCGUCCUCAUCUUCAUCCUCAUCUUCUGGAAGCUCGUCGUCCUCCCGCUCCAGGUCCCGCUCGUACCCCCGCUGUCACAGGCAAUCGUCACGUUGUCGCUGUGAUGACCAUGGCAAACACAGCCGCUAUGAUCGCCGUUCCCCACCUCGUCGCUACAGGGCUCGGUCUCGCUCGUACAGCCACUCGCCCUCUUGGGACAGGUAUUACCGUCAUCGCAGGUACUACAGGUCGCCCUCCAGGUCCCGUUCCCCCAGACGCUGGUAUAGAUACAGGAGACCCGUGAGCCAGUUAAGAUGCACGUUCUCCCGCUCCCCGUCCAGAACCUACAGGGGGCGAUCACGAUCCAGAUCGCCGAUCAAGUCUCUCAGCCUAAGCUUGCAUGACAAAAAGAAGCUCCUUGAAGUUGCCAAGACCAAUGCUAUGCAGAUGUUUGGAGUGGCAAGUCUGGAUCUUCCCGAAAGUGUGAAACCGAUCCUUUCAGAGGACCCAGAAUCUAAAAGGUCUUCACCAGAACCAAUGACGAGGUUGAGGCAAGACUCCCCAAAGACAGAGGACAGUGAGCCAGAGCCAGAUGAAUCCAGCCCAAAGAUGUCUCCAAGAAUGAAAAUAGCUUUCAGUGACAAUAAUUCUGUGGCCAAACCUACUGUUGCGGUACCGUCUUCUGCUAAGGUAACUCCCAGAGUGGACAGCGUUGAAAGCAGGAAACCCUACGGCCACUGGGUCCCAAUCGGUUCAGGCAAAAACUCCAGCCUGCGCAAACGCACUUAAACCAUGCUUCUUCAAUGUGGCAGGGUACAUGGACAUUGUAAAUACUGUAAAUAUUUUGUAUACAUUGUGAUCAUUUCGUGAUCAAUUUUCUUUCAGAUGUAAAAAUUUAGGUGGGAGGAAGUGAAGAGUUCAUUCAGGUGGGAUUAUUUCCUUUCAUUUGUGUUUUUUAUUUAAUUUAUUGAUUCAAUAAAGAUUUGUUCAAGUACAA